ACUUCAUGUGUUCAGGUACCAGAAAAACAUUCAGUGACGCUAAAAUCUCCGUUGUUUUUCGUCCUCUUGCAAUCAAACGAAAUUUAUUUUGUUUUCAACAUGUCUCAGACCCAUCGAUAUUCUGCAAACACUACACGAUCUCCUGUUUCUCAAAGUAAAGUAAAAAUUGGGCCUGGUUCUGUCGUAUGUAAAGAGGCUGAAAUACGUGGUGAAGUAAUUAUUGGGUCAAAAACAGUGAUACAUCCAAAGGCUCGUAUUUUGGCUCUUUGCGGACCAAUAAAAAUAGGAGAUGGAAAUCUUAUAGAAGAGCAAUCUUGCAUUAUAAAUCAAGACGAAAACGACGAAGGUGAUCCAACAGUUAUGGAGAUAGGAAACAGUAAUGUUUUCGAAGUUGGAAGUUAUUGUGAGGCGGUUAAAGUUGGCAACAAUAAUAUCCUUGAAUGUAAAUCAAAGGUUGGCAAACACGUUAUAUUGAGCGAUGGAUGUGUAAUUGGUGCAAGCUGUCAACUAACUACAAAUGAGACACUAGCCAGCAAUACUGUCGUCUUUGGCAAGGAUUGUGAACGACGCCUGCAGUCAGAGCGUCCACUUGCACAAACGUUGCAGUUGGAUUUUCUUGCCAAAGUUCUUCCCAAUUAUCAUCAUCUUCAAAAAAGUUCUAGGAGUUAGAUUUGAAUAAUUUAUUGUAACUUUUAAAACUUAUAGAAUAUUAUCUAAAAAUAAACACCACUCUCAAGGAA